AUGCGCGUUGUGUCGUCGUCGUCGGUCGUAAAAAAUCUCUCGAAAACGGGCACACAAAAGAGUGUUUCCUCGUUUCGUCGUCGUCGUCGUCGUCGCGGUCGAUGGUCGUUUUCCGUUUCCGAAAUACGCACCAGCAGGAAUAUCCACAGGAAAGUGCAAUCCGGGGCAGAUUUUUUCCCGUGAACAAUCGCCAGCCAAUCCCGUUAGUGGCGUAAGGCGAGAGAGCUGGCGAAGAAAAAGUAGUGCAGAGAGAUUGCAUCAGAGUAACAGGAGCGCCAGCAGCGGUUCUAAAUCGGUAGCCCCAGCCAGCUACAGGCGCACGGUCGAUCAGUGUGUUUCGAAAUCGGAUUGUGCGGUCGCUCGGUCGGUCAAUCAAUCGUCAGCGGGAAUAGGAAGUGAAAAUCGUGUUAUUGGGGUCGAGAUUAUACAAUAAUAGAAUACAAUAUUUGUGCCAAGAGCAACAGCAGGAAGUGGUUGGUGAGACGGGCACAAAGGAGGAGGAAUAUUUCCACAUCAGAAGAAAGUGUUGACAGAGUACGAGGUGUUCUCGAUUUUCUCUGGCGACGCACAUUGGGAAAAUACUAUUGCAAAGUGAUUGUAUGCGGACGGUGAUGUGACAAGACACGAAACUGGAGCAAACAUAGGAGCGGAGGAGAACGUCUAAGAAGAAAGUGGCUUAUUGUGCAAUAAUUGUAGGUCGAGAAAAUUUUACGCGGAUUUCGGAAUCGGGAAGAAAACAACUCGGUGCGUCGCGAGUUUCAGUUCCUCCGGGGUGGUGUGAGUGUGCGUGAAAGUGCGUCGUGAGGUGUGAUCCCAGGAGGCGACGACGUCGACGGGAAAGCUAUGAGAAAUAGCACACUUCGAUCAAUUGACCAUCAGCAGAGGCAUAAAGUUCGAAUGAAUCUAUCGUCCUCGUCUUCGCAGUGAACGCAGUAUAGGUAGGCCACGGGAGGCGAGAAAGGGGACAGAGAAUCGAUUUCGUCGCUGGUCGCUGGUGAAAUCAUUGUGUACCAGUUUAAAACUGGCAAUUGGGAGAAGCACGGCGGUGGUGGUGGCAGUAAUUCUAUCGUGAAGCAGCCCAAAUAGAUCACCAUCGUCAGCAGCAAGAAGCAGCAACAGCAGCAGACCAGCAGGAGAAAACAUCUAAAGGCAAACAACACCGAGAAAUAUACAUACACAAAGCUUUUUCCUACACGGCCCGGUUGCUCGCUCCGAGCAAAUAAACCAGCAAGCUGCAGCCGCAAACGAUAAACAUGACCGCGACGGACAAUACGAUCCGCUUCAGCGACCACACACUGGACAAAGCAACGAAGGCCAAAGUGACACUGGAGAACUACUACAGCAACUUGAUCACCCAGCAUGGCGAGCGGAAGCAGCGGCAAGCGAAGCUGGAAGCUUCCCUCAAGGACGAAGCCCUCUCGGAGUCCCAGCGGCAGGAAAAGCGGAUGCAGCAUGCCCAAAAGGAAACGGAAUUCCUGCGGCUCAAACGGUCCCGGCUGGGGGUGGAAGACUUCGAAGCGCUCAAAGUGAUAGGCCGGGGGGCGUUCGGCGAGGUGCGGCUGGUUCAGAAGAAGGACACCGGUCACGUGUACGCCAUGAAGGUGCUACGGAAGGCGGACAUGCUAGAGAAGGAACAGGUGGCGCACGUACGGGCGGAACGGGACGUCCUAGUCGAAGCCGACCAUCAGUGGGUGGUUAAGAUGUACUAUAGCUUUCAGGAUUCGGUCAAUUUGUACUUGAUAAUGGAGUUCCUACCGGGCGGGGACAUGAUGACGUUGCUGAUGAAGAAGGACACCCUUUCGGAGGAAUGUACGCAGUUUUAUAUCGCCGAAACGGCACUGGCUAUCGAUUCCAUACAUCGGUUGGGAUUCAUUCAUCGCGAUAUCAAACCGGACAACUUGCUACUGGACGCCCGCGGACAUUUGAAGCUGUCGGAUUUCGGUCUGUGUACCGGAUUGAAGAAAUCUCACCGUACCGAUUUCUAUCGGGAUCUGUCGCAGGCUAAACCUUCGGACUUUAUUGGAACCUGCGCGAGUCCGAUGGAUUCCAAGCGACGGGCCGAGAGUUGGAAGCGGAAUCGGCGGGCGUUAGCAUACAGUACGGUCGGAACGCCAGAUUACAUUGCGCCUGAGGUGUUCCUGCAAACGGGUUACGGACCGGCGUGCGACUGGUGGUCGCUGGGGGUCAUCAUGUACGAGAUGCUGAUGGGAUACCCGCCGUUCUGUUCGGAUAAUCCGCAGGACACCUAUCGGAAGGUGAUGAACUGGCGGGAAACGCUGAUCUUCCCGCCGGAAACGCCCAUUUCCGAGGAGGCGAGGGAUACCAUUGUCAAAUUUUGCUGUGAGGCUGAAAGGAGAUUGGGCUCGCAACGUGGCAUCGAGGAUCUGAAGCUGGUCUCUUUCUUCCGCGGUGUCGAUUGGGAGCACAUCCGCGAACGGCCGGCAGCCAUUCCGGUUGAGGUACGUUCGAUCGACGACACGUCCAACUUUGACGACUUCCCUGACGUUGCCCUUGAAAUACCCGCCCAUCCCACACCGGAGGGUGAAGUUCUCAAGGAUUGGGUAUUCAUCAACUAUACCUUCCGACGGUUCGAGAGUCUCACGCAACGUGGCACCCCUACGAAAAAGUGAAACCCCCACCCUUAAUGUGUAUGUGUGUGUCUUCUCCAGCUUCCGCCGGCAACUACCUAUAUUUAUGUGUUUGCUGAUGAUGUUCUAACCACUUCGCCGCACCCCUUUGACUCUUAUCUCUAGCACUCUAGAGAGGCAAGGUGGAGAGCCACUUUGACCUUAGAUAGCGUUCGUUAGGAAUCCCGCCCCGCGCAGGGCGCCGAAAAUCAAUAAGAAACCGACUCAAUUGAUGGAAGUAAAGAAUAAGAAAAGUUGGGAACCCGUAACUAACAAUAUCCUCUAUAUAAAGUACACAAAAGAAUAUAAAGUAAUUUAACGUAAAACAAACACACUAAGCAAAACAACUCGUGAGAAGAAAACGAAUCAAAGAAUAUCGAUAGCAGAACGUAAUUUUAGGAUUAGCAUUGUCACAGUUCAGCGUAUCUCCCACGCUCGUUUUUUCCCCGCAUCAUCCUGCGCGUUUUCCUGCGCCCUCCCAUGAUGAUAGGUUCCUCUCUCUAAUUUCACAGCCAAGUAGACUUACAAACACAGCAAAUACACUGCAACGUAUAACGUAAUAAAUGGGAAAUAGUCGCCAACAGAAACAAACCAACCACACAGAACGACGCUUGCUUUUAGUAGGAUUAAUAUUUAGUAAAAGUUGAUGUGGAGUGUUCCGCCCCUCUGCUACGCUAAAUGAGAGGUUUAGGUUUGUGUGGUAUGGUGUCACGGUUUCACUUUGAUGGACGGUCUGGUUUUGGUUAUGUUGGAUACAGUGAAAUGAGAUUUGUUAACUCGAUCCAGAUUUUGAGUUAUUUGAAUUCAUUUCUAGAUCCUUGAAGUUAUUCUAUUAGAUAUUAUAGCAACAUAACAUUACUAUAACGGUUUAGCUGUGUACUUCGAACGCUGAAUGUGCAAAGUACUGAAUGAUGCCGGAAAACAUUCAAAAACAUUAUUGUCAAAUGUAUCGUGACAGCACCAAAUUCCAAUUACUUUUUUCGGUUCCUAAUUCCGUUCACAUCGUGCAAAACAAAUGGAGUGAACGGAAUUAGGAACCGUUAAAAAGAUAUUGGAUUUAGGUGACAUCACGGUAUACCACGAUGAAAGAAAUGCGUUUGUAUAACGGUCGUGUUGUGACGAUGUCCACCAGAGGCCAUAUUAUUCAUAGGUCGUCCAACACGCUUCUUGGUUCUAUCAAUUGAAGAUCAUUUGAUUUAGAUGGUUGUCCAACACUUCUUCCGGUUUCAUUAUCGGAAGAGCUGUCUUAUUUCGACGAUUCCUUCAAUCGAAGAUCGCUUCAAACACACGGAUGUCUUCCAUGUCUUGCGAAUUAUCAAGAGAAAAAUUAACUCAUUCCGACGGUCGUCCAACACAUCUUUCGUUACAUUUAAUGAAAUAUUGCUUCAGCAAGGCGAUUAGAACGUCUUCUUGUUUCAUUAAUACGAUUGUCAUACACUUCUCUCGGCUCCUUCAACCGAAAUUGAUUUCAAACAGAUGGUUGUUCAACAAGUCUUCCGAAUUUCUGUACAGAAAAAUCAAUUUACUCAUAUGGUUGUCCAACACGUCUCUUGGGUUCAUCAACCAAACAGCAAGCUAUGAGUCACGAACUGGAGAAGUUUGAAAAACCCUGGUUUGGUGAUUUUUGUCCAUGUACUUUCGAGUACUAUUUUGAACUAUAUAUUGCAGAAGCACGCUUUCUUUCAAAGUACUUUGUCUGAAUUUUCCACGCAUGACGAUAUGCCUGAAAAUUAUGCUCUUCUAAGAAGGUCUCACGCAUUUUGGUGCAGAGCAGUUAUAGCGUGUUUGAAAUGAAUCGACUCUAUAUCAAACGACAUCAUGCCUUUCAUACCUAAACCCACCCACCAGCUAGGAAACUAACAAACUCACAAGAAACCUGCAAUACCGUAAUCCGUUCUUGGGGGGAAAAUCGCUUAUCACUUACACACAUUAUAUAGUUUAUGUAUAGCUUAGUAGUGUCAAUGUGCAACUUCUAUGCAAUAUAGAAAACGUCCCUAGAUGAGAGGUGAAGAAACAUGAUUUAAGAAAGUAACACUUGCAAGCAUAUGAAGCCUACUUCUACGCGUAUCGAUUCGAUAUACCUAUCAUGACGCGUCAUGACGUAGAGAGGGACAGGUGACGCGAAACGUGGGAAGCAUUUCUGUUCGAGUCGACCUGCAGAAAAGCAACAGCAAAGGAUUUAUAUAUUUAGAAAAAAAAGCUAUAAUAGUAUUAGUAGUUUUUAUUAUUAUAAUUAUUAUUUUUUAGAGAUCGCAAUCAUGCUUUUACCUUUAAGUUUGGAUGUUUUAUAGUAGAACAGAGCAGAGUAAUGCACUUAUUUCGACUUAGGCAAGGGAACUAUUAUGCUGCAAGUGAUAGUUUUUGUAUUUUUAAGUUCAUAUGUAAAUAAACAAUUAUGCGAAACGAAAAAUUUUGAAAAUUGGGCAAACGGUUCUCGUGUUCUUAGGAAUUUCGUUAAAAAGUUUAUAGAUAUCUUUCUUUUUGGAGAAUUUGCUUCAAGCAAAAUAUGGCAUAAAAUUGUUCUCGUUUUGGUUCUAUUAGAAAUUUUAUUUAUAUGAUUGUUUUUUUUUUCUUUUCCAAUUCAUAAUGGAUCUUCCGUCACAGUUUUCUGCUAUUUAUGUGAUCAAAUUACUUCUCUGUUUAACUUUAAGAACAAGAAACACGUUUUGCUGAAGAAAAAAUGAACAAUAGCUGUAAUAGGUUAAUUUUCGUCCGAUCCAAAUCAUGUCGUCACACGCAAGUCCAUCUCGUUUUCGAAUAUUUUUUCUAGCCUUCUGAAUUGUAACAAGCGAAAAUCCAUAUUUCGUUAGGUGAGAUUGAUUUGCAGUUGACGACAGCUGCUACAUAGUUUGCGAUAGAUUUGUGGUCUCGUGAAAGCGUUAAUUCAAAGUUCUGUGUUCGCAUAUAUCCCCCGUUUUUUUCCUUUGGGAGGAAAUCAAAGCAAGAAGAAAACAAGAUAUAACAGUGAGAUACAUCCCGCAACCCUUACAAGCAUUGAACAGAAAUAAAGUGAUAACUGAAAUUCAAUGGAAAUGAA